UGGAGCUCGGCGGCACAGGCUCGCCUUCCCUCUCCGAGCUGAAGUUGCGGAGCUCCGACUCCCCCAGUCAGACCUCGUGGUGUCCAGAGCUGGGGAGGCGCUUUCUCCACACUCAAUGGCGUGCAGUCUACGGAAAAAUACACACUGGAUCUGACUCCCAGAAAAAGAAACUUAAACAGGUGGUCAAAACACGUCUCCAGGCCGUCCACGAUGUGGAAAGAUGAAGCAUCUUGGUUUUGCUUUUUCUUCUCGGAGUACAGUCCUGGAGCGGGAAAUUAAUGGCAAUCGGGGCUGUAAAAAGUAACACUGCACCUUAAUUUUUUGCCUUUGGAUUUUGGAAAAAUACAUCGGGGAUAUUAAGUAUGAAAGUGACAGUUUGUUUUGGAAGGACCAGGGUGGUGGUCCCGUGUGGAGAUGGGAAUAUUAAAGUGCACUGUCUUAUUCAGCAAGCCGUCAUGAGAUACAAAAAGGCGAUUGCAAAGGACCCUGGCUACUGGUUGCAGGUACACCGCUUGGAGCACGGCGAUGGGGGCAUCCUGGACCUGGACGACGUGCUAUGUGACGUGGCGGAUGACAAGGAUCGGCUGGUGGCAGUGUAUGAGGAACAGGACCCCCAUCAUGGAGGCGAUGGGACCAGCACCAGCUCCACUGGCACCCAGAGCCCCGACCCCUAUCAGGCGACCAGCGAGAUAGAGGUCACCUCAUCUGUCCUUCGAACAAACAUGCCCCUGCAGGUGCGGCGGAGCAGCGACCCCGCCCUCGCCGUCCUCAGCGCCUCCUUCCGUGACUCCCGGCCUGUGCGAGGCGAGCCUUCCCGCCAGCAGCCUGCGCGUUGGUCCACCACGGUCGGAUUCCUCAAGCCGCGCACAUCUCCCGGAGCGACCGACAGCCUGGACUGCAGGGGCCGUGCCCUGGAAACAUAUCGCAGCCUGCCCCGGGAUGCUGGGUCCUGGGUAUCCCAGAGGGCCUUUCAGAGGGACAACGCCCGCUCUUCUGUCAGCACCAGCCACGCCGUGGUGGACCCCUGGGUGGAGCGCAAGGAGCAGGAUGAGAAUGUGAGGGAGAGAGAGAAUGGCCGAAUCGAGCCAUUGGGACGUGCUGAUUCUGGUCUGGAUCACAUGCCGGUUCAGUCCCUCGAUGAGAUUGUAAAGCUGGUGGAGGUAUCCAAUGAUGGCGGCCCUCUGGGAAUCCACGUCGUGCCUUUCAGUGUACGCGAGCGCAGGACCCUGGGACUCUUAGUGAAGCGUCUGGAACGAGGAGGCAAAGCUGAGGAACAGAGUCUGUUCCAGGAGAAUGACUGUAUCGUACGGAUUAAUAACGGAGACCUGCGCAACGUUCGAUUCGAACAAGCCCAGCAGAUGUUCCGGCAGGCGCUGCGGACCCCUGUCAUCCUUUUCCACGUGGUUCCUGCAGCACACAAGCCCCAGUACGAGUGGCUCUCUCAGAGCGAGAGGAGUCCCGCUUGCUCCCCGGGUCCAUUCUCCAGCAGUUCCUGGGCCGGUGAAAGAAGCAGCCUGGUGGUGAGGCCCGACCGCACCCCGCACAGGAUGUCUCAGGCCGGCCCACGGACCCAGCCACCAGCCAACAUGCAGCAGGAGAAGGUCAGCUUCUGCUCCACGCUGCCUCACGCCACCGGUCCCGCGGGGAAGCCUCCUCUGGGUCCGCCUCUUUCCCCUCAGCGGCCGAGGAGCACCACGCCCUCUACAGGCCAGCCGACAGCAGCGGGCUCCACCCCAAAUAUGGGCUAUGCCAAGAAGGUUGGCCGGAGACUUGACAUCCACCUCAAGAAAGGACCAGAGGGACUUGGCUUCAGCAUUACGUCUCGGGACGUCCCUCUUGGAGGUUCUGCACCCAUUUAUGUGAAGAACAUCCUCCCCCGAGGGGCUGCUAUCCAAGAUGGCCGACUGAAGGCGGGAGACCGCCUGCUGGAGGUGAAUGGCGUGGACGUGAAUGGAAGAACUCAGGAGCAGAUUGUGGGCCUUCUGCGGGCCACACCUCUGGGGGGCUCUGUCACUUUGGUAGUUCUGCGACAGGAGCAAGAAGAUGCUGUACAACCACGGGAAGGGAACACCCAGCCUCGGAUGCAGAGUCCCAGAGAUUUGAAAUCCGAGGAUGACGACCUAGUUCUGACACCUGAUGGAACCCGGGAGUUCCACACCUUCGAGAUCCCGCUCAAUGACUCGGGUUCUGCUGGCCUGGGGGUCAGCGUCAAGGGCAACAGGUCCAAGGAGAACCACGCCGAUCUGGGCAUCUUCGUGAAGUCCAUCAUCCAUGGUGGAGCAGCGUGCAAGGAUGGGAAGCUUAGAGUCAACGACCAGUUAAUCGCGGUGAACGGGGAGUCGUUGCUGGGCAAGACGAACCAGGACGCCAUGGAACGGCUCCGCAAAUCUAUGUCCACCGAGGGCAACAAGCGUGGCAUGAUCCAGCUCAUCGUUGCCAGGAGGGUCGCCAAGCGGAACGAGCUGGAGGCCCAGGGAAGCCCCUCAGGGUCUGAGUUGCACCUCAGCCCCCUGCUGGAUGACCGGGAGCGGCGCAUCUCCCACUCGCUGUACGGGGCCCUGGAGGAGCUGGACGUCAGCCUGUCGCCGCGAGCGUCCGCCGCACGCAGGAUGAUGGGUCACUACCAGCUGUCUCCCACCGUGAACAUGCCCCAAGACGACACCAUCAUCAUCGAAGAUGACAGGCCCCCCGCGUUGCCCGCCCCUCAGCUCUCCGACCACUCGUCCUCCAGUUCUCACGACGACACGGGCUUCGCCGCCGAGUCCCCCGACUCCUGUACCAAAGAGAUUCACACGCAAGCUGAACGCCUAGAGCAGGACCUGGACCAGGAGCUAGACCCCGAUGAUGCCUUUCAGAGGGAGGGCUUCGGCCGGCAGAGUAUGUCAGAGAAGCGGACGAAGCAGUACGGAGAUGCUGCCCAGAUGGAGGUUGUCAAGGCGCGCAAGUCCAAGAGCAUGGAUCUAGGGUCUUCGACACCAGACGUGGGACCUUCCCUAGGCCUCAAGAAGUCCAGCUCUUUGGAGAGUUUACAGACUGCUGUUGCCGAGGCAACCCUGAACGGGGACCUCCCCUUCCACCGGCCACGCCCACGGAUAAUAAGGGGGCGGGGCUGUAACGAGAGCUUCCGGGCUGCCAUCGACAAAUCCUACGAUAAGAUGCCCCCCGAAGAGGACGACGAGGGUAUGGAGACUUUGGAGGAUGACACCGAGGAGAGCUCCCGCUCGGGCCGAGAAUCCGUGUCCACCGUGGCCGAACUCACCCCGCCGCCCGGGGGGGUGGCCCCCACAGAGAGGCAGGUCAACGGCAGCCAACGGAUCAAGGAGGACAAGAAGAAGGAGAAGGGAGCCAAAGAGAAGAAGAAGACCGACAAGGGGAAGACGAAGAUGGGCGUGCUGAAGGGUCUCGGCGACAUGUUCAGAUUCGGCAAGAACCGGAAGGAUGAGAAGCCAGGAGACAGAUCUGAACGCCAGGGGGCCCAACAGGCGUCGGACGAGGAGAUGCUGCGGAUGAAGCAAGAACAGGAGAGAAUUCAAGCGAAAACCAGGGAGAUCCGGGAGAAGCAAGCCCGGGAGAGAGAUUACAGUGAGAUCCUGGAGGCCGGCCGACCAUUCGGGUCCGAGGAGGAGCACGGAGCGAGUGUGGGCCAGCGGCGGCUUCAGGCCCCAAAGGAGGACCAGCAGCCACUGGAGGCGCUAUACACACACGUCAGUCUGUCGCGCAAUGGUCGACCUCCCUCUACUGACAGCAACCGGCUGGCUCCUAGCAACCAUGACCGGAUACGGAGGCUGCGGCACGAGUUCCAGCAGGCCAAGCAGGACGACGACGACGAUGAGCGCCGGCGUACCUACAGCCUCGAGCAGCCAUGGGGCGGUUCGGGGUCGUAUGCUCCCACGGGACGCCACUCGGUCUCUGUGGAGCUUCAGCUGCAGAGACAGAGGCAGGACGAAAGGGAAGCAUUCGCACAGACCCAGAGGAAGUACAGCUCUCUGCCACGGCAACCCCGCAAGAACCCCAGCACGGUGUCCCAGGACUCUUGGGAUAAGGUGUAUCCGCCAGGCGAGGGCUUCCAUACCGCCAAGUCGGACCCACGCUACGCCAGCUACCAGGGCCCCCGCAACGGCCUUCCAGGGGCGGGCGGGGCCACACUGAUGGGUGGGGGGGGCUUCAACGCACGCGUGCUGCUGGAGGCGCAGGAGCUGCUAAGGCAGGAGCAGCGGCGCCGUGAGCAGGAGGCCAAGACCAAGACUCUCCCCCAGCAGAGCUACGAAUCCUAUACCCCCCAGGAGGACUCGGCCUCUCCUCCCAAAGGGCCCUACAGGCACGAUGUGCCCCCCUCCCCAUCCCAGCUCGCCAGGCUCAACAGGCUGCAGGGGCCAGAGAGAGGCCACCCCUUCUAUUCCUGAGGGAGGGGGUCACGGGGGCAGAUUCUGGGGCAGGAGCGCUGAAUGGGGAGGCAGAUGGCCCUGAACACUUCUGAACAUAACAAAACAGGAUGUCAUCCGUAUGUGUCAAAGCCGCCCGGUCGUGGGUUGCCAGACAUUACACAUCAUUCCCCCCAACUGUUAACCCUUAAACAUGGCAUUUCGGUUUCAGUACCAGGCUAACCGACCUUUGAUUGGCUAACAUGGUCACGUGUGUGAUACCAGGAUCUCCUCAGUAUCUCCAGCCCUGUGAGGGACCACCCCCUGCCUCUCGACUGCGAUAACCCACGUCUGUCCCCGCAGUCUGCCAUUCCCCCAGAGUCUGACACUGUUUUAUUCAUUUUUUUCAUUGUUUUAUUCAGUAUGAGGUUGGUUAGUAGCCAUCUUGUAUGGUUCUCCUUGUUCCCUGCGACCCUCUGCUGAAUGCCUUAGUGGAGGCAGUGGGCGUCAGAGCGGGGUGUUAUGUUGGUGUCCCGUUCAUCUUGGAGUCAUUGGUUAAGGAGGAGGAUUUGGCUGGGGCCCAAACUGUGGCCACACACACACACACACACACACACACACACACACACACACACACACACACACACACACGUUCUCCUCCCAUCCGCUGGCUCACGCCCCAGGAACUGACCAUACUGUCCACUGAGUUUUAGGAAGGUGGCCGACUGUACCGUAAGCAGCAAGAGCAGGAGGCUGCGGUUGACCAUGUGACCUUACAUAACGUCUGUGAAGCAAUCAGCGAUCGGGUUGCCGUCGCGACUGUUACCGGUGAAACAGGGCGGCUGACAGAUCCGGUUCGUCGGGCUAAAUGGAGCCUCUGAUCCUACUCUGGUCCUCUGGUGUCUGCGGCAAGACGCUGGCUGACCUUGUCGGUAGAGCAGGAAGAAGUAAAACUUUGCCAAGACUUUGCUGGGGACUCGUCAUAAAUACCUGUCUGGGCUGGAUUGCCUGACUCUCUCUGGACAACAGCGUGUUUGGAAUCGCACUCUGGUCCGUCACCUCACUAAGUGCCUGAGACCCACUGAGACCCACAGCCGGGGGGAUCCUGGCCACAUCAGUCCAUUGCUGCUCUGCUGGGGGCCUGGUUCUCACACCCCUCCACCGCAUCCUUGGACUCGGCUGGGAUAUCCUCUUUCCGUCGCCCCCCCCCCCCCCCUGUUCCUCAUCACGCCUUUUUCAGAGAAGAAGAUAUUGAAUUUCGUGCGAGUUAUCGGUGUAUUUUUAUCCUCGUUUGUCAUCGCUUUUAUAAUAUUUACUAUGGUGUUAAAUACAUGAUUGAUGCAAGCACAGUGCAAUCGGUUUAUCGGACUUUUACAUUAUCUAUUUUAAACUGUACAUGGCUGCCUUUCCUGUACAUAUCGAAUUUAGAAAUAAAGGAAGGCCCUUUUGUCUUGUUUACAAGUA